GAAUCAGUUUUAGGCAACAGCCAACAAGAUGCUCUGACCUCCGUUGCCUGUGAAGGGGAAAAUCAAAAAACCUUGACACAAACACUAAACCCCUGUGUUCUAAAGAACAAAAACCCUAACCCCCAAAUUAGAAAUUCAAACCGAAGGGACAAUGACAAAGCGAUACGCGAUGGUGUGUUCAUCCAAUCAGAAUCGAAGCAUGGAGGCUCAUUUUGUUCUCAAACGCGAGGGUUUCGAUGUUGCGUCGUACGGAACAGGCGCUCACGUUAAGCUCCCUGGUCCCUCUAUCAGAGAACCAAAUGUCUACGAAUUUGGUACCCCUUAUAAACACAUGUUUGAUGAAUUGCGCCGUAAAGAUCCUGAAUUGUACAAACGUAAUGGUAUAUUGCCAAUGCUAAAGAGGAACCUUGGAGUGAAAACCGCUCCUCAACGCUGGCAAGAUAAUGCAGCUGAUGGUGUUUUUGAUGUUGUCAUUACGUUCGAGGAGAAGGUUUUUGAUAUGGUCAUGGAAGAUCUCAACAGCAGGGAUCACAUUCUUAUGAAACCUGUUCUAGUGAUCAACUUGGAAGUGAAAGACAAUCACGAGGAGGCAGCCACAGGAGGUCGUCUUACUCUAGUUUUGUGCCAAGAGCUUGAAGCAACUGAAAAUUGGGUGGAUAAAAUUGAUGAGAUAAUUUUCAAUUUCGAGAGGCAGCAUCGGCGGAAACUUGUGUACAGUAUCUCAUUCUACUGAAGUUGAAAAUGUACAUUCCGAAGUGGGUUUCUCCAGUUAAACAAGUUCCCAAACUUCUUCAGAAUCUCCGCGACUUACAACCUCUCAAGUCUGUUUGUAUGUAAUAUAAUUCGAGAAAUCAUUCAAUAUUUGUAGGAAUGGGAGAUGUCGAGAUAUUUGAAAUUUUCUACUUGGACAAAUGAACUUGGCAACUCCCCAUAUUCAUGCUAUUCAACAGUUAAACACUGA